AUGGAGGGUGUCCCUACCGAAUUGGAAGCCCGUAUUUCAAGGAUCGCCGAUUCCCUUGACAAGUUCUCUAUCAUCCAUGAUAGGGACGUUACCUUGGCAACUGCUGAGAGUGGGAUGAGCGAGAUUCAGCUUUUCCUGGGUGAUGCGCCUCCAUCUUCGCGGUCGGAGGAAGCUUGA